UAGUUCAGUUGGACUGCCGGAGUAGAAUAGGGAUCCAUGGGGAGCGCGAAAUCGCCAUGGCUGCUGCAGCUCUCCAUCACGUUUGCUGUGGCUUCGGUUUCAGCUUCGGCGGCCAUUUCUCUGUAUUUGUGGAGAAGGAAAUCGAAAUCCGCUUCAAUUGGGGAAUCGAAUAAAACAAUUCAACAACUUGAAGCCUCCGUAAAAGCCGCCUUGGAAAAAUGCGCUGCAGAAAGGAAAGGCCGCAUUAGGGCACAACAGGCUUUGAGGGAAGCAAUGUGCAGGCAAAAUCAGGACAAACCUGAAUUUAAUUCAUACCCCAUGACGCCUAUUGCAGUUGUCCGAUCCUGCUUCUCUACGCGUAAUGGAACUCCAAGACAGCCUUUGCUUGUGCCUCUAGCAAAGGCAUCCUUGCUAUUUGAUUAUUCUCGAGUUCCUCAAGCAUCGCUUCAGGGUCUUGAAGGAUAUUCUCACUGCUGGAUUAUCUAUGUGUUUCAUCUAAAUACUGAUCUUAAUAAGUUGUGGAAGCACCCAUCGCAGUCAAGAUUCAAAGCAAAGGUAAGGGUACCGAGAUUAAAAGGUGAAAGAGUUGGAGUCUUUGCUACAAGGUCACCCCAUCGUCUGUGCCCUAUUGGAUUAACAGUUGCAAAGGUGGAGGCUGUCCACGGGCAUGUUGUAUUACUAUCUGGUGUUGACCUGGUUGAUGGGACUCCUGUCUUGGAUAUCAAGCCUUAUUUGCCAUACUGCGACAGCAUUCAAGAUGCCACAGUUCCUGACUGGGUGAAGGUGGAUAGCUUGCUAGCCGUAUCUUCUGUAAACUUCUCGGAAAGCUUUUUCUCCAAUCUUAAUGAUUGUUGGUUGCGUAUGGAAAACAAGUCACUUUAUUCUUCUCCAGACGAAUUUAUGUCUUUGAUAAGGCAGGUGCUCUCGUGGGAUAUAAGAUCUGUAUCCCAACGAAACCGUACAGAUCAGUCCUCCAUUAUAACAAAGGCUGCUAGUUGUGGUUAUGAAUCAGAAAGCACUAUUGCCAGUGCUAGUUCGAUCGUUGGAACUUGCUUGGACGAUGAAACAAUUGAAAAUGAAGGUGAACUACAUUCCCCUCAUGUUGUUUAUCAUGUCAUUUUGGAAGGUCUUGAUGUUUCUUACAGGAUUGAUUCGAGUGCUAACAUACAUGUUGAGAAAGUAACCUUUGCAUCAUCUCGAACUAAAGGACAGUAACACAAUUGCUUGGUGAUGUUUUGUUGUUAUUUAUAGCUUCUCUAAAUAGUUUGCAAUCUGAAAAGAUCAUUGAAGUGAUUUAGAUGGGAUGCUGAUUUGGAUUUUUGCAGCUUGUAAGAAUUGGUUUUGGAUCAUUAGAUUUGGAGGAUUAUGGAAUAUAUGAUUUGAGUUAGAUUUAUUGUUGAAACAUUGAUAAAAACAUUGCUGAAAUAGAUCAAUAUUGUUGUUAAAUUAUCA